AGAUUGAUUGCUCUUUCAUAACAAAGUGCACAGACUCGACCUGAGCUGUGAGAAUCGAAUCUACUGGUGAUUUAUAAGUAAGUCAACGACAAUGGCGUCGCAACUUGGAGUGAGAUUGUGGUCGGCUGCGAAGAAAAUCGACAUUUUUCUAGAUUUCUUUCUGCAGGUAACCUGGUUAGACCAGCAGCAACCAAUAACAGGAACUUUCAUUUCUCAAUAGAGGGAAGACAGACAGGAGAUGGAACUAAAACAAGUCAGGUUUCGCGAGACUACCCUGUCGUCGAUCACACGUUUGAUGCUGUCGUCGUCGGUGCUGGUGGCGCCGGUCUGAGGGCAGCAUUUGGUCUUGCUCAUGAGGGGUUUAAGACUGCCUGCAUCACAAAGCUUUUCCCUACCAGGUCACAUACCGUAGCAGCACAGGGUGGUAUCAAUGCUGCACUGGGGAACAUGGAACCAGAUAACUGGAGAUGGCACAUGUAUGACACAGUGAAAGGUUCGGAUUGGCUUGGAGAUCAGGAUGCCAUUCAUUACAUGACAGAGGAGGCCCCAAAGGCCGUUAUCGAGCUUGAGAACUAUGGCAUGCCUUUCAGCAGAACAGAAGAGGGCAAAAUCUACCAGAGAGCCUUCGGGGGUCAGAGCUACGACUACGGCAAGGGAGGUCAAGCACAUAGGUGCUGCGCUGUGGCAGACAGGACUGGUCAUUCCCUGCUACAUACGCUCUAUGGACAGUCUUUGAGAUAUGACACAUCAUACUUCAUUGAGUACUUUGCUCUGGAUCUCAUUAUGGAGGAUGGCGAGUGUCGUGGCGUCGUGGCGCUGUGCAUGGAAGACGGCUCUAUCCAUAGGAUCAGGGCCAAGAACACAGUCCUCGCUACAGGUGGCUACGGCCGUGCAUACUUCAGCUGUACCUCUGCCCAUUCAUGCACUGGGGAUGGUACUGCUAUGCUCACCAGGGCUGGUCUGGCCAAUGAAGACAUGGAGUUUGUCCAGUUUCACCCCACAGGUAUCUACGGAGCAGGUUGCCUCAUCACAGAGGGGUGUCGUGGGGAGGGUGGAUACCUCCUCAACAGCGAGGGUGAGAGGUUUAUGGAGAGGUACGCCCCCACGGCCAAGGACCUCGCUUCCAGGGAUGUCGUCUCAAGGUCCAUGACCAUUGAGAUCAGGGAAGGAAGGGGCUGUGGACCAGACAAGGACCAUGUAUACCUGCAGCUGUCCCAUCUCCCACCAGAGCAGCUGGCCAUGAGACUGCCAGGCAUCUCAGAGACGGCCCAGAUCUUCGCCGGUGUAGACGUGACCAGGGACCCUGUUCCGGUGCUUCCCACAGUCCACUACAACAUGGGAGGGGUACCCACCAACUACAAGGGACAGGUGAUACAAUACAGCGAUGAGAAUGGUGAUACCAUUGUGCCCGGUUUGUACUCGUGCGGAGAGGCUGCCUGCGCCUCUGUCCAUGGGGCCAACAGACUGGGUGCCAACUCACUGCUUGAUCUGGUGGUCUUUGGACGCGCCUGUGCUCACACCAUCACCGAGGAGAACAGGCCGGGAGAGAAAAUCCCAGACAUCAAAGCGAAUGCCGGUGAGGUUUCAGUGGCCAACCUUGACAAGCUGAGGUAUGCUGAUGGUGAUGUCAAGGCUGCUGAUCUCAGGCUUAAGAUGCAGAGAACCAUGCAGAACAAUGCCGCAGUAUUCAGGACAGGAGAGACGUUGUCAGAGGGUAUUGACUUGAUCGACGAUGUCUACAAGAACCUUGACAACAUCAAGCUCUUUGAUCGUGGCAUCGUGUGGAACACAGAUCUGGUAGAGGCCCUUGAGCUACAGAACCUUCUGUUGAACUCGGUCCAGACCAUGCACAGCGCUGAGGCACGCAAGGAGAGCAGGGGAGCCCAUGCUAGAGAAGAUUUCAAGGAUCGUAUUGAUGAGUACGACUUCAAGAAACCCCUUGAAGGCCAGGAGAAGAAACCUGUCGAAGAACACUGGAGAAAGCAUACUAUGUCACACAUGGAUGAGCACACUGGCGAGGUCAAGCUAGAGUACAGACCAGUCAUUGACGAGACCCUUGACCAACAAGACUGUGCCACUGUCCCGCCAGCAGUCAGAUCUUACUAAGCCCUUUAUUAUUCUGAAGUAACAGUAUCAGAACUUUAUGAAAUCACAUCACUAAAAAUAUCAUGAGAAACACUGUACAGCGAUCUUGAUACUGAUAUUUUUUUUUUAUAGAUAUUGUCUUACACAUGUAUGGUAUUUUGAAAACAUCUUCAUUUGUGAUACCAUGAGAGAUGUAGUGCCUCAUACUGGCUGGUAUAUGGAUUCUGAUUCGCUUUUGGCCAAGUAAUGCAUUACCCGAUAUGUACUGAAAGAUAUAAAUAUAAGUUGUCUGUCAGGAUGUCCUAUGUCAUUGAAUAUCAAUACCCAGAUAAGCCAUAGAUUUUGGCUACAACAAUUGGAAGAUUGAAAAAGGUUUGAAAUUUUUUUUAUUGAUUUUCGCACAUCAGUUUUACAUUUGUAUUCAAAUUUAUUGAUGGUCCUUUCCCACAACCAGGUUAUGAAAUGUUCAAUUCACCCUUACAUGUUAUUAUAGCAUCUAUGCGAAUAAAAUCCACCUUGCAGGCAUCAGCAAUGUCAGGUAAAUCUCUGACAAGCUUUGGAGUCAUGGAGAGCUUCUGUUAUUCAAGAAUUAUGCAUCUGCUUUGAAUUCAUAGCUAGAUUGUUGUUCUUUCACUUCAUUGUCAUUUCAAGGAUUUAAUUGGUUUCCGUUUCGUGAAUUUGAGCUUAUGUACUUGAGUGAUCAUUUAAAGGUACAACUGUAGAUGGUCAAUGAGUGAUUUAUGAUGGCUUAAUGUGACGAUCAAUCCUGACCAUAUUGAGCUGGCUUCAUUUGCAAAAGUAUAUUAUACUCACAUCUUUGCAAUCCCUUUCACAUAUGUACAUAUUGUGUGAAGUUGAGUCAUUUAGUGUGUCAUAAUAUAUGUCAUGAAACAUUAUACCAAUGAUAGCAUUGAAACUUGUGUGUGAACAUCUUUAUAUCUUGGUGUAUCUUGAUGUAUUUCAUGCAAAACAUAUUAAGUAAUGCUAAUUUAGUAGUCAGUUAAUCUUAUAUCAACAAACUGAUUUGUAAUGCUUGUCAUGACUAGUAUGGAAAAACUUGAACCCCUUAUUUUGUAAAAGUUUUAUUUAAUUAUGCAUUAAAUUUGUACCUGUUUGAUUGUGAAUAAGAUAGCAGUUAUGUUCUACCUCUAAUCAUCACAUCUAGCAAAGUAUUUUCAUUUGAUCUAAAUAAAUCUAGUGAAUUUAAGAUUAAUUUAAUAUAUUGAAGGUAUGGGUGUUUAACCAUGUGAUUUUCUUGUUACAUUUUCUAUUUGAAAUAGUUUGUAUUUUGAAUAUUGAUAACAUAUUUUGUGAAUUGUAUGAUGUAACUUCAUGGCAUGUGGGCUUAGAAAUAGUUGUGGAGAGAUUUUCAGAUGAUCCUACAAAUGCCAUAAUGGCAGAGAAAAGAGAGUAAACUAACAUAUACUUAUAAAAUAUGACCCCUUAAAUUGCAAUGGUUUAUGUGAUUGCUUGUAAAUGUAAUAGAUAAUGUGAUGUAUAUGAAUUUGAAUGGUUUGUUGCUGGAAAACAUCACAGUUUACAAUCGCACAGAAAAUAUGAUUUGAUGGACCACUUGAUCUGCUCUCCCAAAUCUGGAGUUCCACAUUAUUGUGCUAUUAUGCAGAGGCAAAGGACAAAAGAGGAAUACAUGUAUACAUUUCCCUUUUUUUUGCAAAGAUACACCACAGUAAAGGGAGUAAUGGUAUCUCACCAGUUAUAAUUCAUUGAAAAUAAAGAAAAAAACGACAAGGAGAUACUAAAGAAUGUGUGUACAUAUGGCAUGACAGAAGGGAAUUUAAUCAUAAAUUCUUUCUAAAUAUUUCCAGGUUGCAAUUGGAUGUAUGUCUUGAUUUACUACAGUGAACUUGCUAAAAUUAUUUCUAUUACACAAAUGUAUGAAUCCUUUUUGAAAUAGAGAUAUUCAAAAUAUCUGUUAUUUCCCAAGCCUCCUUCCACACUUCGUCUGUUAUGGCAUAUGCAUUGGUUAGGAGUUUCCAUUUAUUAUUGAUAGACAACUUAUCAAAAUAUUUGGUGAUAGAUAAAUAUUAAUUAAGCUUCUACUUAUAUUCUUUUGUAAAUACAGAUUGAGUUUAACCGUUCAACAAAUAAAUUCUCCUCUUUUGAGGAAGAAAUUACGAAAUAGAA